AUGAAUUCCCUGUUUCUCCUGAGCUGUCUAAGCUCUACCUGGUUUCUCAUGGUAUACUCACACAUGGUACUGGAGGACAAGCUAUCCACCAAUAAGUCUUCUUUCCGGAGUCUACAGAAUGGGAGCCUGUCAGAUGCUCCACCCAUCGUCAUUGUAGGUCAGUUAAUCAUUAGGUCUGGCAUAUAAUCAGUAUGUGGAAUAAAAAUAAAUGGGCUGCUAAAAAUUACUGCAUUCUUUGAAAUGUGCUGAUAUCUUGUAAUAUCUCCAUUUUGUUGUUGUUAUAUGAAGGAAAUAUUAUUGUAAAAUGCAGAUACAUUUUGCUCGGUAUUUAAGUAUUCCAAGGCUGACUUCAAAAGCAAAGCCGUCAGUAUGACUAACACCAACCUUGAUAAGCUGCUAAAUUAUAUACAUUAUGAAAAUAUGUCAACUACAUUUAUUUUUCAGAGUUGCCCAAAACCGCAAAGAAAAAAAACAAGAAACCAAGAAAGGUAAACUAUAUUGUGAAAAUAAUUGUCCAAAUUAUGCAUGUUUGUGUCAUAUUGAUAAAUUGGUGGAAUUAAGUCUAAAAUACACAUAGCCAAUAGUGUAAAUAAUGCUUAUUGUGACAUGAAUGUAAAAACAUUUCAGUGUGAAUGAAGGCAUGUUUCUACAUGAUGAAAAGUAUGAGUGAAGUGGUAACACUUUACAAUACGGGUACAUUAUUAAACAUUAGUAAAUGCAGGAGUUAACAUGAAUACAUCAUAUAUUAAUGCAUUUUUCAAAGCAACAUGCAUUCUGUUGACUAGACUAUUACUAAAGACAUUCAUGAUCAUAUUAGUAAAGAGGUGAAAAUGCUUCAAAUAGCUCGUAUGCUAAUUAAGUUCAUGUUAUCUAAAUAUUAGUUGAGUCACUUUGUAGGGCCCUAUUGUAAAGUGGACACUGUUAAUGCUUUAUAAAGUGUUGUAGGCUAUUCAUCGUUAAUGAACUAUGGCAUUCAUUCAUGUUCAUUGAUGUACCCUUAGUGUAAGUGCAGGCAAGGCUAAAUCCUUAACCUUCUUUCACAGAACAAAUUCAGCGUCAAAAACAAACGUCCACCUCCUCCCGCCAACUGCGUGCCAUUGUGGGGAAGCUGCAAAACCCCUAAUAAUGUGUGCUGUGAGUACUGCGCUUUCUGCCACUGCCGCCUCUUCAAGACUGUGUGCUUUUGUCGAAUGGGAAACCCGCGGUGUUGA